AGUGCAUUUGUUCCCAGUGAGUCAAUGGCUCUCUUCAUCUUUCUGGGGAUUUGGCUUUCUUGUUUUCUUUUUCUUUUUCUAUGGAAUCAGCACCGUGGCAGAGGGAAGCUCCCACCUGGCCCCACUCCUUUACCAAUUGUUGGAAAUAUUUUGCAAGUAGAUGUUAAAAAUAUUAGCAAAUCUAUGGGCAUGCUAGCAAAAAAGUAUGGCCCUGUGUUUACUGUAUACCUGGGCAUGAAGCCCACUGUGGUGCUGCAUGGAUACAAAGCAAUGAAGGAAGCUCUGAUUGACCAGGGAGAUGAGUUUUCUGAUAAAACGGAUUCAUCGUUACUCAGUAGAACCAGCCAAGGCUUAGGCAUCGUCUUCAGCAAUGGAGAAACAUGGAAACAAACCCGGCGUUUCUCCCUCAUGGUCUUAAGGUCUAUGGGGAUGGGAAAGAAAACUAUUGAAGACCGAAUUCAGGAGGAAAUCCUUUAUAUGUUGGAUGCACUGAGAAAAACCAAUGGCUCCCCCUGUGAUCCUAGCUUCCUUCUGGCCUGUGUUCCCUGCAAUGUGAUCUCUACUGUCAUUUUCCAGCAUCGAUUUGACUACAAUGAUCAGACAUUCCAAGACUUCAUGGAGAAUUUUCAUAGAAAAAUAGAAAUUUUAGCAUCUCCUUGGUCCCAGCUGUGCAGUGCCUACCCUAUUUUAUACUAUCUCCCUGGAAUCCAUAACAGAUUCUUAAAAGAUGUGACUCAACAGAAAAAGUUCAUCUUGGAGGAAAUAAACAGGCAUCAAAAAUCUCUGGACCUCAGUAACCCUCAGGACUUUAUUGACUACUUCUUGAUUAAAAUGGAAAAGGAAAAACACAAUCAAAAAUCUGAAUUUACUAUGGAUAACCUGGUUGUCAGCAUAGGUGAUCUUUUUGGAGCCGGAACAGAGACAACGAGUUCCACAGUGAAAUAUGGGCUUUUGCUCCUGCUGAAGUACCCAGAAGUCACAGCUAAAAUUCAGGAAGAAAUUGCUCAUGUGAUUGGUAGACAUCGGAGACCCACCAUGCAGGACAGGAACCACAUGCCGUACACUGAUGCUGUGUUGCAUGAGAUUCAGAGAUACAUUGAUUUUGUUCCCAUUCCUUCACCUCGUAAGACAACGCAGGAUGUGGAGUUCAGAGGAUACCACAUUCCCAAGGGCACAAGUGUAAUGGCAUGUCUGACUUCUGUCCUGAAUGAUGACAAAGAAUUUCCCAACCCAGAGAAGUUUGAUCCUGGCCACUUUCUUGAUGAGAAAGGGAACUUCAAAAAGAGUGACUACUUUGUGGCUUUCUCAGCAGGAAGAAGAGCUUGUAUUGGAGAAGGUCUGGCCCGCAUGGAGAUGUUUCUAAUCCUGACCAACAUCUUACAGCAUUUUACUUUAAAACCUCUGGUUAAACCAGAGGACAUCGACACCAAGCCAGUUCAAACUGGUUUAUUGCAUGUGCCUCCACCCUUUGAGCUCUGUUUCAUUCCAGUCUGAAACUGUGUAGUAUUUCACAUGGAUGGCUGAGACCCUGCUUCUUCUGUGAGCAAAAAGGUCCUCCUGUCCUAUGUACCUGCAUCUGGUAGUCCUUUAUGAAUGGCAGGGAUGCUACCUCUAUACUUUCUCAAUUCUUUAUAAACCAGUUCCAAUUUUCAUAUGUGAAAAAACUUCACUGUUUCAGCACUAAUAAAGUUUUGUUGCAGCGUGUGUAA